AGUAAAGAAUUUCAACAUUACAUUUGAAGAAUCAUUUUUCACUUUUGUUCAACUGAAAGCUCUGAAUCUACCAAGUAGCUCUUAAAGAAAUCCUUUGUGGGGGUUAUUUAUAUAGAUGUUUUCAUGAAGAGGAGUGAAAGGCCGGAAGGAUAUAGACAAAUGAGGCCUAAGACCUUUCCUGCCAGUAACUACACUGGCAGCAGCCGGCAAAUGUUGCAAGAAAUUCGGGAAUCCCUUAGGAAUUUAUCCAAACCAUCUGAUGCUGCUAAGGCUGAGCAUAACAUGAGUAAAAUGUCCACUGAAGAUCCUCGUCAAGUCAGAAAUCCACCAAAAUUUGGGACGUAUCAUAAAGCCUUGCAGGAAAUUCGAAACUCUCUACUACCAUUUGCAAAUGAAACAAGUUCUUCCUCCCGGAAUACUUCAGAAGUUAAUCCACAGAUGCUUCAGGAUUUGCAGGCUGCUGGCUUUGAUGAGGAUAUGGUUAUACAAGCUCUUCAGAAAACUAAUAACAGAAGUAUAGAAGCAGCAAUUGAAUUCAUUAGUAAAAUGAGUUACCAAGAUCCUCGACGGGAGCAGAUGGCUGCGGCAGCUGCCAAACCUAUUAAUGCUGGCAUGAAACCAGGGAGUGUGCAACAAUCAGUUAACCGCAAACAGAGCUGGAAAGGUUCUAAAGAAUCCUUAGUUCCUCAGAGACAUGGCCCACCAUUAGGAGAAAGUGUGGUCUAUCGUUCUGAAAGUCCCAACUCCCAGACUGAUGUAGGAAGACCUUUAUCAGGGUCUGGCCUAACAACAUUUGCUCAAGCUCACCCUAGCAAUGGACAAAGGGUGAAUCCCCCACCACCACCUCAAGUAAGGAGCGUCACUCCUCCACCACCUCCAAGAGGCCAGACCCCCCCUCCAAGAGGAACAACUCCACCUCCCCCUUUGUGGGAACCAAACUCUCAAACCAAGCGCUAUUCUGGGAACAUGGAAUAUGUAAUCUCUCGAAUCUCUCCUGUUCCACCUGGGGCAUGGCAGGAGGGCUAUCCCCCACCGCCUCUUAACACUUCCCCAAUGAAUCCUCCUAAUCAGGGACAGAGAGGCAUGAGUUCUGUUCCUGUUGGCCGACAACCAAUCAUCAUGCAGAGUUCUAAUAAAUUUAACUUUCCACCAGGGAGACCUGGAAUUCAGAAUGGGAGUGGUCAGACUGAUUAUAUGAUGCACCAAAAUGUUGUCCCUGCUGGUGCUGUGAAUCGGCAGCCACCCCCUCCCUAUCCGCUGACCCCAGCUAAUGGACAGAGCCCUUCUGCUUUACAAACAGGUGCAUCUGCUGCUCCUUCAUCAUACACAAAUGGAAAUGCUCCUCAGUCUGUGAUGGUGCCAAACAGAAAUAGUCACAACAUGGAACUUUAUAACAUCAGCGUACCUGGACUACAAACACCUUGGCCUCAGUCAUCCUCUGCUCCAGCACAGUCAUCCCCGAGCAGUGGGCAUGAAAUCCCUACAUGGCAGCCUAACAUACCAAUUAGGUCAAAUUCUUUUAAUAACCCAUUAGGAAAUAGAACAGGUCACUCUGCUAAUUCUCAGCCUUCAGCUACAACAGUAACUGCUAUCACACCAGCUCCUAUUCAACAGCCUGUGAAAAGCAUGCGUGUAUUAAAACCAGAGCUACAGACUGCUUUAGCACCCACGCACCCUUCUUGGAUACCACAGCCAAUCCAGACUGCUCAGCCCAGUCCUUUUUCUGAGGGGACCACUUCAAAUAUGACUAUUAUGCCACCUGUUGCUGAAGCUCCAAGCUAUCAAGGUCCGCCCCCACCUUAUCCAAAACAUCUGCUGCACCAAAACCCAUCUGUUCCUCCAUAUGAAUCAAUCAAUAAAUCUAGCAAAGAGGAUCAGCCCAGUUUGCCCAAGGAGGAUGAGGGUGAUAAAAGUUAUGAAAAUGUUGAUAGUGGAGAUAAAGAAAAGAAACAGAUCACAACUUCACCUAUCACCGUUAGGAAAAACAAGAAAGAUGAAGAGCGAAGGGAAUCCCGUAUUCAAAGUUACUCUCCUCAGGCAUUUAAGUUCUUUAUGGAGCAGCAUGUGGAAAAUGUACUCAAAUCUCACCAGCAACGUCUACAUCGUAAAAAACAAUUAGAAAAUGAAAUGAUGCGGGUUGGAUUAUCUCAAGAUGCCCAGGAUCAAAUGAGAAAGAUGCUUUGCCAAAAAGAGUCUAAUUACAUCCGUCUUAAAAGGGCUAAAAUGGACAAGUCAAUGUUUGUGAAGAUAAAGACAUUAGGAAUAGGAGCAUUUGGUGAAGUCUGUCUAGCAAGAAAAGUUGACACCAAGGCUUUGUAUGCAACAAAAACUCUUCGAAAGAAAGAUGUUCUGCUUCGAAAUCAAGUUGCUCAUGUUAAAGCUGAGAGAGAUAUCCUGGCUGAAGCAGACAACGAAUGGGUGGUUCGACUAUAUUAUUCAUUCCAAGAUAAGGACAAUUUAUACUUUGUAAUGGACUACAUUCCUGGGGGUGAUAUGAUGAGCCUAUUGAUUAGAAUGGGCAUCUUUCCAGAAAAUCUGGCACGAUUCUACAUAGCAGAACUUACCUGUGCAGUCGAAAGUGUUCAUAAGAUGGGUUUUAUUCAUAGAGAUAUUAAACCUGAUAACAUUUUGAUUGAUCGUGAUGGUCAUAUUAAAUUGACUGACUUUGGCCUCUGCACUGGCUUCAGAUGGACACAUGAUUCUAAGUACUAUCAGAGUGGUGACCAUCCAAGGCAAGAUAGCAUGGAUUUCAGUAAUGAAUGGAGUGACCCCUCUAACUGUCGAUGUGGAGACAGACUGAAGCCCCUAGAGCGGAGAGCUGCACGUCAGCACCAGAGAUGUCUAGCACAUUCUUUGGUUGGGACUCCCAAUUAUAUUGCACCUGAAGUAUUACUACGAACAGGUUAUACACAGUUAUGUGACUGGUGGAGUGUUGGUGUGAUUCUUUUUGAAAUGUUGGUUGGACAACCUCCUUUCUUGGCACAAACACCAUUAGAGACACAAAUGAAGGUUAUCAACUGGCAAACAUCUCUUCACAUUCCACCACAAGCCAAACUUAGUCCUGAAGCCUCUGACCUUAUUAUUAAACUUUGCCGUGGACCAGAAGAUCGCUUAGGCAAGAAUGGUGCUGAUGAAAUAAAAGCUCAUCCGUUUUUUAAAACAAUUGAUUUCUCCAGUGACCUGAGACAGCAAUCUGCUUCAUACAUUCCUAAGAUUACACACCCAACGGAUACAUCAAAUUUUGAUCCGGUUGAUCCUGAUAAGUUGUGGAGUGAUGACAGUGAGGAGGAAAAUGUAAAUGACACUCUCAAUGGAUGGUAUAAAAAUGGAAAGCAUCCAGAACAUGCUUUUUAUGAAUUUACCUUUCGGAGGUUUUUUGAUGACAAUGGCUAUCCGUACAAUUAUCCCAAGCCUAUUGAAUAUGAGUACAUUAAUUCACAAGGCUCAGAGCAACAGUCAGAUGAAGAUGACCAACACACAGGCUUGGAGAUAAAAAAUCGCGAUCUUGUGUAUGUUUAACACACUAGAGAAUGAUUGAACCAUAGUUUGGUAAUGAGGAUUUGCAAAUAGGCCUCAAAUGCAGGGUGUUUGGAGGCUCUGAGAGUAAAAUUAUCCAAAUGUAACAGAGCUAUGUAUGUGCUCUGUGUAUGCUAUUUUAUUUUCCUAAAUUAUGGGAAAUUCUUUUUAAAUAUUAAUUUAUUCAAGCCUUUCUAAUCAUUAAUUUAGAAAAAAUUGUUAUAAGAAAGUAAAUUAUGAACUGGACAUUAUAAUCAGUUUUUGGUACUUAAAGUACUUAAAAAAUAUUGCUUUGUUUAAAAGAAGUCUGGUAUGUAUUUGUAUAUAUGCUAAAUAAUUUUAAAAGAAGAGUUUGAAAUUUUUUUGAAAGACAGUUUUAGUUUUACCUUGCUUUAACCAAAUACGAACUAUACCCCAUAUUUACAGAGCUUUUUUUUUUUUUAUUUUGUCUUUAACCUUGUUUUGUGUACAAAAUAAGGUAGAGAAAUUAAGCCAUCAUGUUGGUGAGUGUUCCUGGGCUAAUGAUAAUCUGUAUAAGUCACAUACUGAAACUGGGAGAUACAGGGUUGAAAUAAUAUUAAUAUGUUCAUCAGGAGGAAAAAUAGUGCAGUUUAUCGUUAUUCUCUCUGUGUAAUAUUUCAUCUUAUAGCAUUUAAUUCUUAAGAAUUAUUGGCUUUAAAAGAAGCCAAAGCACUACCAAUUUUCUUUCCAUAUUGGCUCUUUUUUAAAUGCUGCUUACAGUUUUAAAAGGGAACAGAGUUGCUAUACAACAAAAUUUUAGAGUGCUUAAAGCCAAGAUCUUUCAUAUUUUUAUUUUGAAAUUCAAAAAAUGUUUUUCCACUUCCCCAAGCAGAGAAAUUAUUUUCAGUUUCAUAGGAAAGUUUGAUUAGAAAUUAUUUGUUGGUACUCUCUAGAAAAGUACUUUUUCUCUAGUGACUAGUUUUGUUGAUGUCAUCAGUAAUGUUACAGCUUUCCUCUUUCAGAACAGUGCUAUAUAUGCAGACUGUGAUUGGCAAAGGAAAAUCUGGUGAUUUGGCAAUAUUUUAGCCAAUGGCAGGAAAUUGGUAAAACACAUUAAUCAUUAAUUCUUAGUUGAGAUAGCCAUUAGUAAUUAAGAAACGUUACAUAGUGGUCUUAGAAAAUUCAAAUCCUCCUAAAUUUAUAUAAGAUUAAAUAAUAUGAUUUUCAACAUGCCUACUAUAUAUAAUGCUUAAGUUCUAAGGAAGACUUGUAGUUUUAUACCAAAAUACAUUUAGCUUAUCUUUUAGGAACAGGAAAGGGCUCUAUUCUGAUUUUAGUAAAAUUUGUAUUGUUAUUUCCUUUCCUUAAGCUCCACUGAUAUAGAAGUGUUUUAUCAAAAUGUAUUAUUUGCAGAUAAGAGGCAUACUUCUAAUGCUUCUCAAAGUCUUAGCUUUCUUCAUAUAAAAGCUAAUGGAGGCUAUAUAUAAGUAAAUUUAAAGGCAAUGCUGUUGCAGUCAAAUUGGAGGGAGGGCAAAGGUACAUUUAUUUAGCUUACCUUUCCCACCUUUCUCAAGGUGACACCUCAGAUCCCAGCUUCAAAACCACUGCCAUGUAAUGGUGAGUCUUCUGGAGUCACUAGUCCUUUUGAGAAUUUGAUGAAAGCUGUGGACUCUCUACCCAGAAAAAUGCACAUAAACACAUAUACAUAAAAUUGCUUGCAGUUUCAGGGGAUUCUGAACACAUUGAAACCUGUCACAAACUCUAGGUUAUGGACAUCUGUCCAAGGAAAUUAAUUAAACUAAGGACUUUGAUAUUAAUUUGUUGAUUAGUCCUCAAAUUAGCACAUUUUUAUAUAAAUAUUGACAAUUUGUGAUGUGAAAAGAUCUGUGUAGCAUGUGAUAAGAUGUCCCUAUGAUUGCCUCUCUCUUGCUGGUUCAACAUUGAGAUGUUUUAAACACCGUUUUAGGGCACUGAGAUAUUUGGCUUUUUAUUGAAGUAUUAUUUCUGAAGGGCUUUUAAUCAGAAUUGUAAGAAAAUGCACUAUAAUGACAUGGCAGUUUUCACUUCAUAGAACAUUUAAUUGGCCCCAUAAAGUCCUAUGCAAAACAAACUAGUUCAGGAAUUUUCAGUUUCUCACAGUUUUAAGAUAUUUCUCUUGAUCUUUGAGCUUUUUCAAUCUGACAUUUAAAUUUCCAUUUAGUUGUUUUACUUCUGGACUCUGGUGCAAUACAGUACAAAACCAACUGUUACAUUUGCAUUAUAGGAAAACUAAGGUGCUGUUACUUACUCCCCACUCCUCCCACAGAAUCUGUAUUGCCUUUACUUAACAAAUGUAUAGGACACUAGAAAUUUUGUAUUAUUUUCAAAAUCCUCUGACACUAUAAGCUUUGCGUGUUUAUCUGAAGCAGUGUACAAGCCUUUUGUAUCUGCAGUUUUUGUAGUUUGGUUUUCUUAUUAGCUAUCUUAUUCCCAAACUAUAUCUAGCUCUCCCAGUAUAAAAUCUGGUGCUUCCUCAUCAAACAGAUGAGAGCAACAACAUAAAAAAUCUAGAUACUCUGAACUGAAAUAAGGUUAUACAUGUUUUCAAAAUAAUUUUCCCACUUAUUAAAAAAUGCUGUCUUUCUUAUGGGUAACCCUUUUUAUGCAUAUCAAUAGUAUUUAUAAAAUGUAUUCUAUAGUUAUGUAAUUGUAGAUGCUGUUGUAUACUGUCCAGUGACAUCCUAAGGCAGGACCUAUUACUGUAUCUUUCCUACCUUCUUACUUAUAAUAGAAACUAUAGAAUGUAUGACUAAGAAGUCACCUGAGAUUGACUUUUUUUAAAAAGUUAUUACCUUCUGCUGUUGCAAUGUGCAAAACUGUGAGUGGAAAUGUUUUAUUCUGACUUAAUAAUAUGUUAGAAAUUAGAGAAUGCAUUGGGAGGAUUUUUAGACAUUGCUGCUGCUGUUACCCAAGGUACCUUAGAAGUUUUCCUUUAGUAAACAAAUACAAACAGCUCUUUUGUAUUUAAGUGAGACAUUUAGCCUAUUUGCUUUAAAUUGAAGCAGAACGUAAUUUGGGUCAACAUAUUGGUAUAUUUGUCAAGCGCCUUAAUAUAUCCCCUUGUGGAAGGCACUAUACCAGUUUAUUUUAUAUUGUAUUAUGUAUAUAAAUAUUUUGUAUUAAAAUUGAAUCAAUGACAACACUACAUUUUUAUAAAAUAAUGCUUUGUUAGGAAAAGGAAUUACAUCUUUGCAAUAUAACUAAGUUGUUUUGCAUACUUUUGAAUGUAAUAGAUAUCAAUAAUCACCUGUGUUUUUAGUGAAUCUAUUUGUAUUUUCCCAAUCAUUUUCUCUAGUGUAACAUUUGGUGGGAUAAUAAAAAAGCAAAAUUCCAAUCUCUCAA